AUGCCUAGCCGCCGCAACCUCCAGAAGAGCAUCGUCUCAACCCUCCUCUGCGCCGGCAAUCUCGCCUCUGCCAGCCUCGUCUACGUCUCUUCCUACUCUGAGACCGUGACGACGCUCAACUACACCCAUGGCCAGAACACAGGCAUCCAGAAGCUGAGCCCUGUGGCCGUGUCUCAGAGCUGCUCUGACAACCCCUCGUGGCUGACCCUCGACGCCACCGACUCGAUUCUGUACUGCAUCAACGAGGGCCUCAACACACCCGAUGGUGCGCUCACUGCCUUUAAGACGAGUGGCAAUGGUACUCUGCAGCAGCUGGGCCAGAGCGGCACGCCCAAUGGCCCUGUGAGCGGCGUCGUCUUCGGCAACAACCGCCAUGGUCUGGCCUUGGCUCACUAUGGUGGCUCCGCCUUCACCACCUGGGACGUCUCCAACCCCAGCAGCCUCAAGCUCCUCGAGACCAAGAACUUCAAGUUGACUGGUCCUCCCGCCGACCCCAGUCGUCAAGAUGCGCCUCACCCCCACGAGGCCGUUCUCGACCCUACGGGCAAGUUCCUGCUCGUGCCCGACUUGGGCAUGGACCUUAUCCACCUCUACUCCUUCGACCCCAACACCUUGGCUCUCAAGGACAUCACGCCGGUCAGCGUCAAGCCCGGCUCGGGCCCUCGACACAUCACCUUUGUCGUCAAGGGCAGCAAGACCUUUGCCUACCUCGUCACUGAGCUGGGCAACACCAUUAUUGGAUACGAUGUGACGUAUCCCAACGGUCAGAUCAAGUUGACCGAGAUCUUCAACAUUCCCAGCCACGGUGCGGGCCCGGCUGAGCCUAGCAGCCAUGCCGCUUCCGAGGUUGUCGUUUCUCCCGACACAAACUACCUCAUUGUCUCCUCCCGCGCCGAAAACAGCAGCUCCAUCCCCGACUUCGACGACCCUUCUCGCAUCAUCCCGUCCGACCCUCUCAUCAACUUCAAGAUCAACCCGACCACCGGACAGCUCCAGCUUUUGCAGGUCGUCCCCGCCGGUGGCCAGUUCCCACGCCAGUUUUCUAUCAACAAAGAGGGCAACCUGCUGGCUGUCGGUCUGCAGGAUGAUGGCCGCGUCGUCUUCGUUGAUCGUUGCCCCGAAACUGGCCUCCUCGGCGGUUUUGUUGCGUAUGCGGAUAUCGAGGGCCAGAUCACCUCGGCUAUCUUUGACCAGAAAUAGACGAGGGCAAUGUUGGCCUCGAGCACUCUAU